CAUGAAUCGCCGACGUGACCCGGCCUUACCCGAGGCAUUGGGCAAAUAGGGCGACCUAAAGGGAACCAACGGGGAAAGAGAGAAAAGUCACAACUUUAACAAACACCGAGAAAAAGGGAAAAGCUAAAGUGCGUCUUGCUUCCUUUCCCUCUCACACCUCAGUUGUAUAAAAAUGUUCCCUGCCUCAAAAGCUGCUUCCAACCUUUUCCGUGCUGGCUCCGUUGUUGCCCGUCGCGCUUUCGCCACUGGCUAUGAAUCGACUGCCAAGAACUUGAUGAUCAACAAGAACACCAAGGUCAUUUGCCAGGGCUUCACUGGUAAGCAGGGUACUUUCCACUCCCAGCAAGCCAUCGAAUACGGUACCAACAUGGUCGGUGGUGUUUCUCCCAAGAAGGCCGGUCAGACUCACUUGGGUCUUCCCGUCUUUGGCUCCGUCCGUGAGGCUAUGCAAGAGACCAAGGCUGAUGCCAGUGUUAUCUAUGUUCCUCCUCCUGGCGCUGCUGCUGCCAUCUUGGACGCCAUUGAGAACGAAGUGCCUCUUAUUGUUGCCAUCACUGAAGGUAUUCCCCAGCACGACAUGGUCAAGGUCAAGCAGGCUUUGAUGACUCAGGACAAGUCCCGUCUUGUCGGUCCCAACUGCCCCGGUAUGAUUUCCGCCGAACAGUGCAAGAUCGGUAUCAUGCCUGGCCACAUUCUCAAGCGCGGUAAGGUCGGUAUUGUAUCCCGUUCCGGUACCUUGACCUAUGAAGCUGUCAACCAGACCACCGAAACUGGUUUGGGUCAAACCCUCUGCGUCGGUAUUGGUGGUGAUCCCUUGAACGGUACCAACUUCAUUGACUGUCUUCGCGUCUUCUUGGAUGAUCCCGAAACCGAAGGUAUCAUCAUGAUUGGUGAAAUCGGUGGUACUGCCGAAGAAGAGGCUGCUGACUUCUUGACCCAAUACAACUUGACUCGCGAAAACCCCAAGCCUGUCGUUUCCUUCAUUGCUGGUUUGACUGCUCCUCCUGGCCGCAGAAUGGGUCACGCUGGUGCCAUUAUCUCUGGUGGUAAGGGUGGUGCACAGGACAAGAUCAAGGCUUUGGAACAGGCUGGCGUCAUCGUCACACCUUCUCCUGCCAAAUUGGGUGUUGAGCUUAAGAAGGCUAUGGAGGCCGCUGGUUUGGUCUAAAUCUGAAAAAGAGAUAGUACAUAUCUUCCGGUAACUUCAUGUUCCGUUCCUCUAUUUGCCUCUUUUUUUUUAAUUUUGUUGACCUACCACCUCCUUUUCUUCCUUUAUUCAUGUUGAUCGUUUGAAUUACCUUCUUAAAAAAAAAAAGAAGAGCAGGAAAUAUAGAAUUUGUAUUUUUGUUUUUUACCUGACUGUGGAAUGGCG